GCUAUAACGACAAAAAUCUAUAUACAUAUAUAUUAUAAAAAAAAAAAAAAAAUGGCCGGUUACACUUGCGAGAUAAUUACCAAUGAACCAUUGCUAGGAUAGCUGGCAACAAGAACCAUUUCAGCUCCGAGUUUAUAAAUAUGGAAUACAAAGAGUAGAGUCGUGUGUGCCUUUCAUUCGCAAAUUUUGAUAUCUCAGUCUCUCAGACCAACACCAACUGCUAGUUUCUGCUUAGUUCUGCGUAGAACCGCCCGCUUUUAACUGCGACGGAAAGUGUUUGGUCGGCAUUAUCUACUCCCCCAAAACCAUGGAUGACUCCACCAAUCUUCCCCCUGCCGACUACUUAUCUCGUAAGGUCGUAGCAAUCGCCGCCGGAGAAGCCCACACUCUAGCUCUCACCGGGGAUGGUUCUAUAUAUUCUUGGGGAAGAGGUAAGUUUGGGCGACUUGGGACAGGCUCUGAAGCUGAUGAGCUAUUUCCUGUUCGGGUUAAGUUUGAUAUCCCUCAUGGCUCUGAAGAAAGGAAGCUCAAGUUUGUUGGGGUUGCUGCUGGUGCUUAUCAUAGUCUUGCUCUUGCAGAUGAUGGAUCAGUUUGGUGCUGGGGUUACAACAUCUAUGGUCAACUUGGUGUCAAUGGGGAGAAUUCUGUAGUACCCUGCUUGCUGGAGCAGUUUCUUGAGUUGGGAAAUCCUGAUUCUCUGGCAGAUGAGUCAGAAGUGAAGAGUAGAGCAUCUCUUAAGGUUUGUUCUGUCAAAGCUGGAGGAAUGAUGUCUCUAGCAAUUGAUAAUCUAGGGGCCCUAUGGAUAUGGGGCAAUUGCCCACAGCAAAGCAGUAGUAGCACUGAAGAUGGAUUCUCUCUUGUGAGCAAUUUCACUCCAACUCCUGUAUGGGAUUUCCAUGGCCACAUUGUUGUGAAAGUAGCAUGUGGAAAUGAGCAUGUUGUAGCCCUGGUUAGUGCUGGUGAGACAUAUAAGGGAGAAGAUCUUGUAUGCUACUCUUGGGGUAGUAACAACCAUGGUCAAUUAGGCCUCGGGGACAGAGAGAGCAGGCAUCACCCUGCAAUUGUUGAAACCUUUAACCAGGACUCUCCAUGGGCAGUUUAUGAGGUAGCAUGCGGGGCUUUUCACACAGCUUUGCUCACUCAUAAAAAGAGACCAAAUGACAUACUGGAAAGUAAAUGCUGGACAUUUGGCCUUGGAGAAAAUGGGCAACUUGGGCAUGGAACCACCCAAAAUGCAUGGUCUCCUGAACCUGUCACAGAAUUGCCGAGUCAUGUAUAUCUAAUCUCUGUCGACUGUGGUUUAUUUCAUACAAGUGUUGUUUCAACGGCUGGAGACGUGUGGUCAUGGGGAAUGGAGAAGGGUCUUGGCCUAUGCCCAGAUGCUAGUUUUACUGGAACAGAUGCUGGUGAUGCUUUGUCUCCUCUGCCGAUUUCAUGUAGUGGAUUAAAUGGACCCAAAUUUCAGGAUCCAGUUCAAAUUGCUUGUGGAGCUGCCCACACUGUUCUUGUUGCAAAUGAUGGAUAUAAGCUUUGGUCUUGGGGUAGGGGAAGGAGUGGGGUUCUAGGAAAUGGUAAGGCAAUUGAUUGUUUUUCUUCCACUCUUGUGUUAUGGCCUCCACUUAAAGAGGAUUUCAAGCAAGAGGAACUAAACACUGAUGAUGAAGAUAAAACCGCAGAAAAGGAUUCUAAAGGAGUUACCGAGAAUGAAACAGAUAAAAGGUUGUCUUUGGCAAUGGAGGAGGUGAAGCUUCUUAAGUCAAAACUUUCAAUAAUGGAACGAUAUGCUAGCACACUACAUGGUUCAAUCUUUGGAAAACCCUUAGAACAGCAAGAUAUUCCAAACUCAUUACACAACUCUGAUACUUUUGACAUUGCAAAAGAAUGGGAAAACAUGCUAGAGUCGGCAGACCGUGCGAGGCUCGUUAGGCUGGAAAUGUUCUACCGAAGCAUGCUUGCAGGUGUUAAAGAUAAGCUCAUGAAAAUAAGGGUGCAAGAGAUUAUAAGAGAAUAUCUCCAAUCUUCAACUAGUGGAAAAUAGGACUACAAAGCUCAAACCUACAGUAAAGAGAGUUGUAUAAUAUAAUAAUUUCUGGAUACUAAAUAUUGAAAACAUGUGAAAAACGGUACCUCCACACGGGCUCGGGUUCAGACUUGUCUGCCUCCCUAUACAGGAGCAACCCAAAGCCCUCUUCUUAUACACAUAUAUUAUAUUUUUUCGUGUGGAAUUUUUUUUUUUUGUUUGUUUGUAAAUAAAGAUUAUGAAACAUAUGUGAUUUUUUUAUUUUUUUAUUUUUCCCCAUUAUAUGUGAGGUUUAUGAAACAUAUAUUUUUUUCUAUUAAACAUUUGUCAGGUCUUUCUGA